UAUGUAAUGUAUAUCCCAAUCUGAAACAAAGAAGCUUCAUUAGAAGAGUUUCAGAGUCAAUGAAGAUCCUUUGCGACGUUUGCAACAAUCACGAUGCUUCCUUUUUCUGUACCGCCGACGAAGCCGCUCUCUGUCUCUCCUGCGACCACCGCGUCCACCACGCUAACAAACUCGCUUCUAAACAUAACCGUCUCUCUCUUCUUCAUCCUUCUCCCAACCUAUCCCCUCUCUGCGAUAUUUGUCAGGACAGAAGAGCUUUUGUUUUGUGUAAACAAGAUAGAGCCAUUUUAUGCAACCAUUGUGAUUCCUCCAUUCAUUCCGUCAACGAAUUUACCGUUAAUCAUGACAGGUUUCUUCUCGCUGGUGUUAAGCUUUCUACGAUUUCUUCUUCUUUGACUUCUUCAUCAUCAACGAAUUCUAAGUCAAAUCUUGUUGAUUCUUCUUCUUUGAUUGAUAAAUCCGUUGUUGUUCCUUCCUCAACAUCUAUUAUCCACAACGAUGCUUUGGAAGGAACUGUUAGUGGUGGUUCAACUAUAUCUCAGUACUUGAUUGAAACUCUACCUGGUUGGCAAGUUGAUGAUUUUCUCGAUUCUUCUUCUGUUCCAUUUGCUUUCUCUAAGGGUGAUGAUUUGUUUGAUGGUGGGAUUGAACAAAAUCUUGAUUCAAUAUUCCCCAAUAGUAACAUGGGGAUCUGGGUUCCUCAAGCACCACCAACACCUCUAUAUUCUUCAUCACAAAUAAUGAUGGGACAGAGUGAGACAAAGAAGGGGAACAACAGAACAAGGUUGAGGGAUGAUCAUGAUGGUAGUGUUUUCACUGUUCCACAGAUUAGUCCUGUUUCUAAUUCCAAGAGAUCAAGAUAUCUAUGGUAGUAGAUCUAGAUUUGUAUCUUGUGUCGAUAGUUAAACACUCUGCAUCAACAACAACAAAAAUAACACCCUCUUUGUUUGUUAUGUUUGUUUUUUUGGUUCAUUUUCUCUCUUUUUACCUACCCUUGUUUGAAUUUCACUUUUUGGAUUCUGUUUGACUUUUUUUUUUCUUUUUCUGUUGCUACCCUAUAAUACUGGGCUGUAUUUGAUAAAUUUGUGCACAACUGCACCUUUCACCUGUUUAUGUAAAUAUAAAUGCUUUUACUUCUCAGAGCUUUUUUUCAAA